AUGUCGCCCUUGACAUUUUCUCAAGUUCAAACGAUAAAAGCCACCGUCCCUGUCCUUGCCCAGUAUGGCGAAACAAUCACCACGAAAUUCUACGCCGAUAUGCUCUCCGCGAAUCCAGAGCUGAAGAACAUCUUCAACAACACACACCAAGCCACCGGCCACCAACCACGCGCACUUGCCGGCGCCCUCUACGCAUACGCAGCUAACAUCGACGACCUAGGACGACUGGCCCCAGCAGUGGAGCUCAUCUGCCACAAGCACGCGAGCUUGUACAUCCGACCGGAGCAUUACGACAUUGUGGGACGCUAUCUUCUAGAGACGUUGGCCGCCGUGCUAGGGGACGCAGCAACACCAGAGAUACUGAGCGCGUGGGGAGCGGCGUACGUACAGCUAGCCGACAUUAUGAUCGGGAAAGAGGAGGGCAUGUAUAAAGAGGCGCAGGGGUGGACCGACUGGAAGGACUUCAAGAUUGCGCGCAAGGAAAAGGAAGCCGAGGAGAUUACGUCGUUUUACCUCGAGCCCGUCGAAGCGGGCUUCACGCUACCCAUGUUCAAGCCGGGGCAGUACGUGUCGGUGAAUGUUUUCGUCGAUGAGCUGGACGGCGGGGUGUGGCAGGCGAGGCAGUACAGUCUGAGCGAUGCGCCGGGGAAGCCCUAUCUCAGAAUCAGCGUGAAGAAGGACCUGGGUCUUGAACUUGGCGAGGCGAAGGAUAUGACACACCCUGGGUAUCUGUCGAACAUCUUGCACGAGAGGAAAGAGGUGGGCGAUACGGUGCGGGUGUCGCAUCCGUGGGGGGAUUUCUACUUCGAGGCAGAAAAGGAGGAUGGAGAUGCGCCGGUGGUCUUGAUCUCUGCGGGUGUGGGCCUGACAUGUUUAAACAGCAUUCUCAGCAAGCUUGCAGAGGAGGGGACGACAAGGCCGUUGACCUGGAUCCACGGCGCUCGGAAUGCCAACACACGCGCUUUCAAAAAGAAUAUCGACCGGUUGGCAGAGAACAACAAGAAUGUGCACACUGUGUAUUUUUCAUCCAGUCCGCACGAGGAUGAGGUCGAAGGCCGGGACUACGAUAUCAAGAGUCGGAUUGAUCUGGACAAGAUCAGUAGAGAAAAGCUGUUCGUGGAUAAUGACAAGACGCUGUACUUUGUCUGUGGACCGACAAAGUUCAUGCUUGAUAUCGAGGCCAAAUUGAAAAGUUAUGGUGUUCCGAGGGAGAGGGUGAAGAUGGAGCUUUUUGGCACAGGAGGUGUUCCAAGAAUCUAA